GCUUACUGCUAUACUGCUGUAACAUCCAGCAGGUAAAGUUCCCUAAAAUUCCCAGCAAAAAUUUUGGGACUUUUCAUUAAAUCAUAGAAAAUUUACCUUUUUUCUCCUGGGACCUGAAGAUAUUUUACAGAAGAAUUAGUCUUUUGUUUCUCCCCAGUUAAACAUUUUCUAGCAGUACAAGCCAUGCAAAUAGAACUCUCCACCUGCUUCCUUCUGUGCCUUUUGCCGCUCAGCUUUAGUGCCACCAGAAGAUACUACCUGGGUGCAGUGGAACUGUCCUGGGACUAUAUGCAAAGCGAGCUGCUCGGCGCACUGCACCUGGACGCAAGGUUUUCUUCUAGGGUGCCAAGUUCUUUGCCAUUCAACACGUCAGUCAUGUACAAAAAGACUGUGUUUGUAGAGUUUACAGAUGACCUUUUCAACAUUGCCAAACCCAGGCCACCGUGGAUGGGUCUGCUGGGUCCUACUAUCCGAGCUGAGGUUUAUGACACAGUGGUCAUCAUACUUAAGAACAUGGCUUCUCAUCCUGUCAGUCUUCAUGCUGUUGGUGUAUCCUAUUGGAAAGCUUCCGAAGGUGCUGAAUAUGAAGAUCAGACCAGCCAAAAGGAGAAGGAAGAUGAUAAAGUCAUUCCUGGUGAAAGCCAUACUUAUGUCUGGCAGGUCCUGAAAGAGAACGCUCCAAUGGCCUCUGAUCCGCCAUGUCUCACCUACUCAUAUUUUUCUCAUGUGGACCUGGUGAAAGACCUGAAUUCAGGCCUCAUUGGAGCCCUGCUGGUUUGCAAAGAAGGGAGUCUGGCCAGAGAAAGGACACAGGACUUGCCUGAAUUUGUACUGCUUUUUGCUGUGUUUGAUGAAGGGAAAAGCUGGCACUCAGAAACAAAUGAGUCUUCAGAUCUGGCAUCUGCUCAGGCCCGGCGUGAAAUGCAUACAGUCAAUGGCUACAUAAACAGGUCUCUGCCAGGUCUGACUGGAUGUCACAAGAGAUCAAUUUAUUGGCAUGUGAUUGGAAUGGGCACCACCCCCGAAGUGCACUCAAUUUUUCUUGAAGGUCACACAUUUCUUGUGAGAAACCAUCGCCAGGCCUCCUUGGAGAUCUCACCGUUAACUUUCCUGACUGCUCAGACAUUCCUGAUGGACCUCGGCCAGUUUCUACUGUUUUGUCAUAUCCCUUCCCACCAACAUGGUGGUAUGGAAGCUUAUGUCAAAGUAGAUAGCUGCCCAGAGGAGCCCCAACUACGGAUGAAAAAUAAGGAAGAGGAAAAUUAUGAUGAAGAUCUUUAUGACUCUGACAUGGAUGUGAUUAGCUUUGAUGACGACAACUCCUUUCCUCUCAUGCAAAUCCGCUCAGUUGCCAAGAAGCACCCCAAAACUUGGGUGCACUAUAUUGCUGCUGAAGAGGAGGACUGGGACUACGCUCCCUCAGACCCCGCCCCCAGCGAUGGAAGUUAUAAAAAUCUGUAUUUGAACAAUGGUCCUCAGCGGAUUGGUAGGAAGUACAAAAAAGUCCGAUUUAUGGCAUACACAGAUGAAACAUUUAAGACUCGUGAAGCUGUUCAGUAUGAAUCAGGAAUACUGGGACCUUUACUUUAUGGAGAAGUUGGAGACACACUGGUGAUAAUAUUUAAGAAUCAAGCAAGCCGGCCUUAUAACAUCUACCCUCAUGGGAUCACUGAUGUCAGUCCUUUGCACUCAGGGAGAUUGCCAAAAGGUGUGAAACAUUUGAAAGAUAUGCCAAUUCUGCCAGGAGAGAUAUUCAAGUAUAAAUGGACAGUGACUGUAGAAGAUGGGCCAACGAAAUCGGAUCCUCGGUGCCUGACCCGAUAUUACUCAAGCUUCAUUAAUCUGGAGAGAGAUCUAGCUUCAGGACUCAUUGGCCCUCUCCUCAUCUGCUACAAAGAAUCUGUAGAUCAAAGAGGAAAUCAGAUGAUGUCAGACAAGAGAAACGUCAUCCUGUUUUCUGUAUUUGAUGAGAAUCGGAGCUGGUACCUCACAGAGAAUAUGCAGCGCUUCCUCCCCAGCGCAGAGACUGUGCGGCAGGGUGACCCAGACUUCCAGGUCUCUAACAUCAUGCACAGCAUCAAUGGCUAUGUUUUUGACAAUUUGAAGCUGUCAGUUUGUUUGCAUGAGGUGGCAUACUGGUACAUUCUAAGUGUUGGAGCACAGACUGACUUCCUGUCUGUCUUCUUCUCUGGAUAUACCUUCAAACACAAAAUGGUCUAUGAAGACACACUUACCCUAUUCCCAUUCUCAGGAGAAACUGUCUUCAUGUCAAUGGAAAACCCAGGUCUGUGGGUUCUGGGGUGCCACAAUUCAGACUUUCGGAACAGAGGCAUGACAGCCUUACUGAAGGUUUCUAGUUGUAAUGGGAACAUUGGUGAUUAUUAUGAGGACACAUAUGAAGAUAUUCCAACUUCCUUGCUGAAUGAAAACAACAUCAUUGGACCCAGAAGCUUCUCCCAGAAUUCAAGGCACCCUAACACUAAGCAGAAGCAAUUCAAAGCCACCACAAGCCCAGAAAAUGACAUAGGGAAGAUGGAGCCUCAGUCUGCAGAAAGAACGCAGCUGCUUAAAGCGCAAAGUGUCUCCUCUAGUGAUCUGUUGAUGCUGUUGGGACAGAACCCUUCUCCACAUUUAUUCUUACCUGAUCUCCAGGAAGCCACACAUGAAGCUGAGGAUCAUUUACUUGGAGCAACAGAAGGAAACAAGGGCCCAUCUGAAGUGGCAAGUCUGAGACCAGAGCUCCAUCACAGUGGGGACCAAGUAUUUACUCCUAAGCCAGAACUGCAGUUAAGAUUAAAUGCGAAUUUGGAGACACCUGCAACAGUAGAGGUGAAUAAACUUGAUUUAAAAAUUUCUAGUUCAUCAGACAGUCUAAUGACUUCACCAACAAUUUCAUCAGAGAAGUUGGCAGCAGGUACUGAAAAGACAAGUUCCUUAGAACCUCCAAAUAUGUCAGUUCACUUUGAUAGUCAUUUAGGCACCAUUGUAAAUUCAUCUCACCUUAUUCAGUACAAUGUACCUUUGGGCUUGAGUGAAGGAGAUAAUGAUUCCAGGUUGUUAGAAGCAGCUUUAAUGAAAAGUCAAGAAAGUUCACUGGGGGAAAAUGUAUUAUCAAUGGAGAGUAAUAGGUUAUUUAAAGAAGAAAGAGUUCGUGGACCUGCUUCAUUAGUCAAAGAUAAUGCUUUAUUCAAAGUUAAUAUCUCUUUGGUAAAGAUGAACAAGACAUCAAUUAACUCAACAACUAAUGGAAAGAUUCAUGUUGAUGUCUUAACACUAUUUAUUGAGAACAGUACAUCAUUCUGGCAAGAUACUAUAUUAGAAAGUAAUACUGAGUUUCAAAAAGUGAUUUCUUUGGUUCAUAAUGAAACAUUUAUGGAGAGAAAUAUUACAGCUUUGGGGCUAAAUCAUGUGUCAAACAAAACUACUUCAUCAAGAAAUGUGGAAAUGGCCCACCAAAAACAAGAGGGCCCUAUGCCACUAGGUAUGGAAAAUUCAGAUCUAUCAUUCUUCAAGAUACCAGAUUCAGCAAAUUGGAUAAAAGAGACCCAUGGCAAGAACUCCCUAAGCUCUGAGAAAAGGCCCAGUCCAAAGCAGUUAACAUCUUUAGGAUCAGAAGAAUCUGUGAAAGAUCAGAAUUUUUUGUCAGAGGAGAAGGUGGUAAUAGGAGAGGAUGAAUUUACAAAGGACACUGGACUCAAAGAGAUGAUUUUUCCAAAGAAUAAGAGCAUAUUUUUUACUAACUUGGCUAAUGUCCAAGAAAAUGAUACAUACAAUCAAGAAAAGAAAUCUCAGGAAGAGAUAGAAAGAAAGGAAAAAUUAACCCAAGAGAAUGUGGCUUUGCCUCAGGUAUAUACAGUGAUUGGCACUAAGAAUUUCCUGAAAAACCUUUUCUCGCUAAGCACAAAGCAAAAUGUAGAAGGUUCACAUGAGCAGCCACACACUCCAGCACUUCAAGACACCAGGUCAUUAAAUGACUCUGCACAUACAGAAGGGAGUCACAUGGCCAAUUUCUCAAAAAUAAGGGAAGAAGCAAACUUGGAAGGUCUGGAAAAUCAAACAAAUCAAAUGGUAGAGAGGUUUCCAAGCCCUACAAGGAUGUCUCCUAAUCCAGGUCAGCAUCUUAUUACUCAUCGUGGCAAGCGGGCUUUGAAACAACCCAAACUCUCACUAGAAGAAAUAAAGUUUGAAAGGUGGGUAACUUUGAAUGACUCCUCAACUCAGUGGUCCAAAAAUACGACCUAUUUGACCCAGGGUACCCUCACACAGAUAGAGUACAAUGAGAAAGAAAAAAGAGCCAUCACUCAGUCCCUCCUAUCAGAUUGUUCUAUGAGAAAUCAUGGCCUCAUGCAAAUGAAUGACUCUGCGUUACCUUUUGCAAAAGUAUCAGCAUUUCCAUCAAUUAGACAUACAGAUCUGACCAAGAUCUCAUCUCAAGACAACUCCUCUCAUCUUCCAGCAUCAGCCUGUAAUUAUACCUUUAGGGAGAGGAGUUCUGGGGUCCAAGAAAGCAGUCAUUUCUUACAAGAAGCCAGAAGAAAUAACCUUUCUUUAGCCUUCCUAACCUUAGAAAUGAUUAGAGGUCAAGGGAAGUUCAGCUCCACGAGGAAAAGUGCCACAAACCAACCCACAUACAAGAAACUUGAAAGCCCUGUUCUCUUUAAACCAGACUUGUAUAAAACAUCUGGCACAGUUGAAUUACUUCCUAAAUUUCAUGUUCAUCAAGACUCUUUGGCUACAAAAACCAGCAAUGAUUCUCCUGGCCACCUGGAUCUCAUGGAAAAGAUCUUUCUUCAGAAAACUCAGAGACCUGUUAAAUUGAAUAAAACAAACAGACCUGGAAAAGCGCCCUUUCUGAAAUCAACAGAAAGCUCUGAGAAGAUUCCCUCCCAGCUGCUGGGUCCCCUUGCUUGGGAGGACCACUCUGCUACCCAGAUACCAAGAGAAGAGUGGAAAUCCCAAAAGAAGUCACAGAAAAACCCAGCUUUUAGGAGAAAGGACACCAUUUUGUCCCUGGGCCCUUGUGAAAAUAAUCAUUCAAAAGCAGGAAUAAAUGAAGAAGAAGAUAAGCCCCAAAGAGAAGCCACCUGGGCACAGCAAGGAGGGACUGGAAGGUUGUGCUCUCAAAACCCACCAGUCUCAAAACGCCAUCAAAGGGAAAUACCCGUUAGUACUCCUCAGCCAGAGGAAGACAAAUUUGAGUAUGAUGACAACUUCUCGAUUGAAAUGAAGAGAGAAGAUUUUGACAUCUAUGGCGAAGAUGAAAAUCAGGGCCUCCGCAGCUUUCAGAAGAGAACACGACACUAUUUCAUUGCUGCAGUGGAGCGUCUCUGGGAUUAUGGGGCUCAAGGUAGGGAUGUCCCUCAGUUCAAGAAGGUGGUUUUCCAGGAAUUUACUGAUGGGUCUUUUACUCAGCCCUUAUACCGUGGAGAACUAAACGAACACCUUGGACUCUUGGGGCCAUAUAUAAGAGCAGAAGUUGAAGACAAUAUCAUGGUAACUUUCAAAAACCAGGCCUCUCGUCCCUACUCCUUCUAUUCUAGCCUUAUUUCUUACGAGGAAGAUCAGAGGCAAGGAGCAGAACCUAGAAGAAAGUUUGUCAACCCUAAUGACACCAGAAUUUACUUUUGGACAGUGCAGCAGCAUAUGGCCCCCACUAAAGAUGAGUUUGACUGCAAAGCCUGGGCUUAUUUUUCUGAUGUUGAUCUGGAGAAGGAUGUACACUCAGGCUUGAUUGGACCCCUUCUGAUCUGCCGCAGCGAUACACUGAACCCUGCUCACGGGCGACAAGUGACAGUGCAGGAAUUCGCUCUGUUUUUCACUAUUUUUGAUGAGACUAAGAGCUGGUACUUCACUGAAAACCUGGAAAGGAACUGCAGAGCUCCCUGCAAUAUCCAGAAGGAGGAUCCCACUCUUAAAGAAAAUUACCGUUUCCAUGCAGUCAAUGGCUAUGUGAUGGACACACUGCCUGGCUUAGUAAUGGCUCAGGACCAAAAGAUUCGAUGGUAUCUGCUCAGCAUGGGCAGCAGUGAAAACAUCCAUUCUAUUCAUUUCAGUGGACACGUGUUCACUGUACGGAAAAAAGAGGAGUAUAAAAUGGCAGUCUACAACCUCUACCCAGGUGUUUUUGAGACUGUGGAAAUGCUACCAUCCAAAGUUGGAAUUUGGCGGAUAGAAUGCCUUAUUGGCGAGCACCUACAAGCGGGGAUGAGCACUCUUUUUCUGGUGUACAGCAAGAAGUGUCAGACUCCGCUGGGGAUGGCUUCUGGACACAUCCGAGAUUUUCAGAUUACAGCUUCAGGACAAUAUGGACAGUGGGCCCCAAAGUUGGCCAGACUGCAUUAUUCCGGAUCGGUCAAUGCCUGGAGCACCAAGGAUCCCUUCUCCUGGAUCAAGGUGGAUCUGUUGGCACCAAUGAUUAUUCACAGCAUCAUGACCCAGGGUGCCCGUCAGAAGUUCUCCAGCCUCUACAUCUCUCAGUUUAUCAUCAUGUAUAGUCUUGAUGGAAAGAAGUGGCAGAGUUAUCGAGGGAAUUCUACCGGGACCUUAAUGGUCUUCUUUGGCAAUGUGGAUUCAUCUGGGAUAAAACACAAUAUUUUUAACCCUCCAAUCAUUGCUCGGUACAUCCGUUUGCACCCAACACAUUACAGCAUCCGCAGCACUCUUCGCAUGGAGCUGAUGGGCUGUGAUUUAAAUAGUUGCAGCAUGCCACUGGGAAUGGAGAAUAAAGCGAUAGCAGAUGCCCAGAUUACUGCCUCAUCCUCCCUGAACAGCAUGUUUGCCACUUGGUCUCCGUCCCAAGCCCGACUACACUUGCAGGGGAGAGCUAACGCCUGGAGGCCUCAGGCAAAUAAUCCAAAAGAGUGGCUGCAAGUGGACUUCCAGAAGACAAUGAAAGUCACAGGAGUCAUCACGCAGGGGGUGAGGUCUCUCCUCACCGACAUGUACGUGAAGGAGUUCCUCAUUGCUGGCAGUCAGGACGGCCGCAGCUGGACUCUUGUUCUUCAGAAUGGCCAAGUAAAGGCUUUUCGGGGAAAUCAAGACUCCUUCACCCCCGUGGUGAACCCUCUCGACCCGCCGCUCCUGACGCGCUACCUUCGAAUUUACCCGCAGAGCUGGGCGCGCCAGAUCGCCCUGCGGCUGGAGGUGCUGGGCUGCGACGCAGAGCAGCGGCCCUAAGCUCCCGGGCCCCGCCCUGCCGCUUCUGCCCCCCGGGGCCCCGCCCCCCGGCUUCCGGUCCCGAGCCCCGCCCCCAGCUUCCGGUCCCGCGUGUGUGAACGGUGCGGUCCCAGCAGAGCAGCCACGUCGGGCGGCUCCCCGCGUCGCGAGGGAAGGAGGGAGCCGUCUGGAAAGCGGCCUCCUCCUGGCAGAUCAGGCCGCCCACGGCCACCCCUUCCUCUUUUAUGGAAAAACAGGCUGUUAAAGUUGCCAGGAGAUCUCGUGACGUGAGCACCUCAGAUUAGGCUUCCUACAUUUCAAAUAAAACUCAUGUGUUCCUUCUCUUGGUGAGGCCUGGAGCAAAACACGUCUGGGGGGCACGUUGCCGCCGCCGGGAAGCCAGACGCAAGUCAUUUCAACAAGCAGCAAACCGCAUAAUCUAAGAACCAGCACCAAAAGUCACUUUCGCCUCCUCACAGCUGUGGGUAUGGACGGCUGUGAUUACCUCCGUCGGUUGGUCGGACUCGCGCCUCAAACAGACACGUGGGUGGGCGCACGAGCGCGGGGCCCUGCGGGUCACAGACCGCACGGACCUGAAUGCACAGGCGCGCUUUGCUGACCAGCACGUCCACAGAUCGGAGUUUUGAAGGGGCGGAUGGCUUUGAAGAGUUCAAGUUAACCUCAGAAAUAUGUACCAGUAGAGCCGUUUGGCCUUAAUUCUAGCCAACAAGUAAAGCAGUAGGUUAAGAUCCCGUGUGUAAAAUGACAGCAUCCCCUUGAAAUUUGUGGUGACCGGGAAACCUGAUACUCAGGGCUGUGAAGGGCAGGUAUCCCCACAGAGAAACGAGGGGAACCCAUGGGCGUCUUGAGACGAGCCUUCACCUUUCCCUGGGCCUCCCGCCAGGGGCUUCUCCCACCAGCAUGUCCCAGACGGCGGCAGCUAGAGGCAAGGACAGGCCACUGAGCAGCGGCAGGAAGCAGCCACGGUUGGCAAUUUGCAAACAGGGUUAACCCUGUUUGGAGGAGAAAAAUGUGUUACAAACUCAGAAGAAGUAAGAAAAUAGAUGCUUUUUUCCCAAGCUUGAGCGUUUUCUAACAAUCCUGCUGGACACUGAUGUGACCUUCCGGGGAGCACAGCGUAGCUGUCGCAGUGUGAUCACAGACCACGACCCACGAGGGUACAAAGGGUUAUAAUUCUGUAAGACUGUAACGUUAGAGGUUAUUGCAGAAAUCAAUACAUUGUUUUCCUUAACAGCCUGGUAGAGAAGUGAACCCCACAGGUGAUACGCUUUUAUUUCCUGGGAGUGGGUUAGUGUCCUUGUUGUGCCUUUCCCUACCGACUGGAUGUGUCUCUAUUUCUCCAAUGCUCCUGCACCCAGGCCUUUUGUCUUCCUGCUGGUUUCCUCAAUAACUACUUAAAUAAAACCUUGGCACAUACAAAAAGAUGGUUUCGAGAGCUGUAUUUUUACCCUGGAAAUAAAAAUGUGGACACGGACUUACAGAGGGCACGAGCUGCAAUGAGCACGUGUUGUGACAGGCAACAAGAAAUCAUGGAACACUGCACCAAAAAUUGACGAAGGGCGAUUAUGGUAAUCACGGAACAUGAUUUAAAAACAGCAGACACACAGAAUAGCAGGAUGGACUUCCGAAAACCAAAUUAGUGAGUUAGAAAAUCAGAUUAAAUUGAGGUCAGGGUAGAAAGUGAGAUCAUUUAUGAGAGGUAAAAUAAAAUUUUAAAAAUUAGAAAUGGAGCCUUGAUCCAGGAAAAGACUUUAUAGAGAGACUGAAAGAGAAAUGGGUGUUCCAAGGUGAGUAAGUUCUAGAGCUGUGCUGUACAAUAUUGUAUAUUGUGUAUGUGUUGGGCACUUCAACAUUUCACAGGGUAAGCUAUGUUAAGUGUUCUUACCACAAUAAAAAUUGAAAGAUCCUGAAA